AUGGAGGAUCUUUUACAAAAGCAAAUACAUAACAGCUGCAAACUAGCCUUGCCUGAAGGCUUGAGGGAAUUGAUGAGUGAUAUUUCAAGGGAAGUUCUUCGUGCGCAACCAACGAACAUGUUAGAUUUCAUCACCAACUACCUGUCAGUGCUGUUGAUAUCGCGAGAGCAUCUGUCCAUCGCUGGCCAUCUAUGUGAUACAGUUUGCAUGAGCUCCUGCUACAAUGAACUGGAAGAUGAGCUACGAUACUUGGACAUGGAUGAGGAAAAAGCUAAAGAAGUCAAGGAGAUUGUUAUGGAGUAUUUUAAUGGCGGCAUUGACAGCAAGUUCAACUUGAUGUCAAGGCUGGUAAAGCAAGUGGGUGUAGACGAACAGCAAAUGGAUGCUGUUAGGCACGCCUUACACAAGGCGUUCAAGCGAUACUUGGUCAACAACACCGUCUACUACGAGUCAUCAUCAGAGAGCGAUUUGGAUGAAGUCGACUUAGCAGCAAAGCAUACUUUGAAAAUACUUCGUAAAACCAAAGUAUCCGCUGAAGAAUAUAAGCGUGCCGUCGACAAUGUAAAGUCAUCGUAUCGAGUCUAUGGAGUGACACGCGAUAAAAAUACAGAAGAUUCACUGUCAGAACUGGAGGCUAUGCUGGUCGCAGAGCAGCAGUCGAACAAAUCUUCGACUCGAAACCUCCGCUUCGAUAACAAAAAUGAAAAACCUGAAAAAGAAGCAAAAAGAAAAAUAUUAACGAAUAUAUCAUCCAGUUCGCUAGCUGGCUCUUACAUAGAUUUACCAAAAUUCUUCCCGUACUCAGUGCAUGAACCAGAUGCACUGCAGGCAGUAGCAGAAACGCCCGAGAGAAAGAACAGUUCGGUUGACUACACAAAAGAAACUGAAAUGAAGAAUGCAGAUAAUACUGAAAAAGACGAAUUUAUUCAGGAUCUAGUAGAAGUGGAAGACAUAGCAGAGUCUGCUGAUGUUGAAUCAGAUGGUGAUGUUGAACUGAUACCAGAAUUUUGCAAAGAUAAUAAUGAAAUUGGGAAUGAUGAAAAUGAUUACCAUGAAGAAAUAUAAGAUGUUGCUAUUGAUUAA